CACUUGAGGAUGAUGUAUACCUCAGGUGAUAUUCUAAUUUUGACCUUAUAACCCAUGUGUCCCUAACCCUAACCCUAACCCUAACCCUAACCCUUCUUUUUGUUGAAAAGGAGACAAAUUUGGUUAGCCAGAGAACGGUAAGAGUGGUCAUUCCAUGCAGAAAACGUGAAAUAUGAGGAAAGAAAAUCAAUUGAAACGAAAAAAUGUGGCCAUUAAAGCCGUUGUUUCGAAUUCCUCUGAUCUCCAUGGACGAUUAGAAGAAGUAGUAAUACAUUUUUGCUUACAUUACCCCACCCACUUUCUUUCCUUCGGCAACUAUUCUUGACGCUUUCACAUCCAGUUACCUUUCCUCGUAUUCCCUUUUUUGGAGGCAUUUGCUGGGUAGAAGUAUUUAUCUACAAGAGUUCCAUUAAAGCCGUCGUCAAUCUAAGGGGAAUAACAGAGGAGCCAUUUGAUAUUGUCUCAACUCUUAUUAAAGCUUGCGCUUUCAAGCAACCUUCCAUAAACGUGACCCAGGAUGAUAAGGGGCUUGAGUUCACAUCGACAUUUGACUUGUGUGGGCUGCAGUGAUGUCAGGUAAUCGCAGGAAGUGGAAAAAUCACUCGUGAAUCGUCAAGUUCAUGAUUAAUAAACUAAGGUCGCCAUGAAUCACAUGUCCUCGUUCUAUUCACGACUUUCGAAGAGAUCUUGCAUUGUAUGAGGUUAUGUUGCAGUUGCAGUUCUGGGUGAGGGGAAGGAUAGGAAAAAUUAAAAGCGUAAAGUUGUGUGAAAGGUCCGAUAUCGUUACGUGUGUGUUCAUCCUGUCAGCAUUUGUUCAUGUCCGGCCCUCGUCCGUUACGUCAUCGGAAGGAGUUCGUGGACUCGGUUGUGUUUCGUGAAGCAUUCGAAAGCACGCGUUGACGCGAAAGGGCCCGCGAAACAUUCAUAAUCUCUUCUGUUCUCAUGACUCAUUGUGGGGAAACAAAGUGUCUGUGUGUUUGUGAUGGCAAAGUUCUCUAUUAGAAGACACUCUGAUCCUUUCUUUGUUAUAGCGUUGAAGGAGGCCAUCGUCAAGAUAUCCGCUCAGAAACAGUGUCCGAAUGAAGGCAGGAUUGUGCGGUCGGUUCUUCAAGAAUUCGAUUGGAGUAAAGCGGAGAUACUGAAGCAGUUAAAGUUCGCGGUUAAAGAUGGUUUGAUUCUUCAGGUGACUACAUUUUCUAGCCAUGGUAGUACUAAAGGAAUCCCUCAAACUGCUUACAGGAUCCUUCGAAAAGAUGGCGAAGACGAAGAUGAAAUACAAAAACAAAAGAAAAAAUUGAGUUGCAAUACUCACGACUGGUAUUGUUGGGAAUGUCACAAGGCAGGAGAAGUGAUUGCUUGUGAAUACUGUCCUCGUGUGUUUCACAGGAAGUGUGCUCAUUCUGGUACAGUGACAAAUGGGAAAUGGAAAUGUCCAUCCUGCCAGCCCCAAAAGCUCUCUGCCUUGAUGGCAAACAAGACACCAGAACAGCUUGCUAAAUUGCUGAAAUUUACUCUGGAGAGAAUGAAAGAAAAGGCCAAGGAAUUGAUGGAGCCAAUUUCUUCAGAUGAGCAUCCAGACUAUGAGGACUUCAUAUUUAAACCAAUGGAUCUUAAGAAGUUAGAAAAGCUGGUUGAAAAGAAAACGUUCAAGUCUCCUAAAGAAUUCAGGGAAGAAUCUCAGUGGAUAUUUCACAAUGCAAUCGUUUAUUUUGGAGAUGACGAUGAGAUCACUGAUCUUGCAGAAGCCAUCAUGGAAGACUGCGAUGGAGAGCUUGAAGAGAUGGUUAGAUGUCCAGACUGUUACUUGAUGUCAAAUUUACGAACUAAAAAUUGGUUCUGCAAACCUUGUUAUUUCCCUCAUGAGCUUGUAUGGGCAAAGAUGACAGGGGAACCGCCAUGGCCUGCUAAGUUGCUAAGCUGGAACGAUGAUAAGACGAAAGCUCUUGUGCGAUUCUUUGGGGCUGCACAUCAAAGGGCCUGGGUCGGCCGGAAACACGUGAUGCCAAUCACAAGCAAGCCGGAAGUUAAGAAACGUUCUCAAAGAUGGGUCCAGGCCAAUGAUGAAAUGAAAGAAUAUCAGAGGCAACUAGGUUUGCUCGACCCGGACGCUAAUAAAAAGGAAAAUCCCCCUUUGUUGAAAACCGAGACCAAGGAAUGCCAGACGGAUGUAGUCUUGAAUGAGGAAAACAAAGAAAAGAUAAAACAGUUGGAAGAAAAGGUUCGGCAGCAAGAAGAGGAACUAAAAUCACUCCAGGCGGAUCUGAAGUGCGAGCGGGAGCGCGCCAAGCAACUGGUCGAAGGAGCGAAAAAGAAGAAGGAGGAACAAGAUCAACGAGUGUUGCGUGACAAAUCUGUGAGUGAACAGAGGGAAACAUCUGAGAACUGCGGCAGUAGCGGCCCAACUAUUGACUUGUCCAUGACAAGGGAUCAGUCAAGUGUUAUUAAAAUGUUACAAGAUGCGCUCGAAAGAGAGAGACAAGAAAAGAAAGAAAUUAUAGACAAAGUCACGCGUGACACUCAAAAGAACAGGGAGCGUGACAUACAGCAGGCUGUGAAGAGAGCCGUUAAUAAGGAGAGACUGGAACGAGAACGUAUUACAGAAGAGGCAGUGAAGAAAGCUGUAGAUAAGUGUAAACAGGAAAGAGACAGGCAUACUCAAAAAGCACUGCAGAUUGCCAAGGAUGAGGCUGACAAAUCAGUUCAAGAGGCAGUCAGCUUGGCCAAGAAGAAACAGUGGUGUGCGAAUUGCCGUGCCGAGGCUUUUUAUCCUUGUUGUUGGAACACAAGCUAUUGUACUUUGGAAUGUCAAAAGGCUCACUGGUGCACACAUAGGUUCCAUUGUAUGAGGGUCACGUGUAGCUGCAAUCGAGAUAGCCCGAUGACGCAAUCGUGACGUAAUGAUUAGCCCGCGUUGACCGCUGGUCUCACUUAUGUAAGAUGACAUGUAAUCAUGGUAACAGGUGGGGUGGUCUGAUGUCGCAAGAUUUGUUUGUUAAGCCACUAAGUCAUAAAUUGUGUCCCGUUCGCAUCUAGGCUCGAAUUCUACCGACCUUAGUGUUUCUUCCCAAGAAGAGACUUCUGGGAAGGAAUAGGAGCUCAUUUUUCGAACAGUGGCGGUUGUUGUGCCCAGUUCACUUUGAGUUCAAGUCAUUUUCCUCGCGAACGGGAUAGAACAGACAGCGCAGCUCUAGAUUACCUAAACCUGGUCCUUCACUAAUUUGGCUAACUGGAUAAAGCACAGUUAGCAUUUCCCCAUCAGCUAGAGUCCUUUCAAGCAAGAACUUUCGCCAAAACCAACGCGUUUUGGAAAGUUUAGCAUUGGAAGCUUAUUUCCUUGUUUGGAAAUGUUGUGAAGCCAGCUUAAUUAAAGUGCUUGCCAAAGUAGUCAAGAAAUUGUGAAACCGCCUCAGAGAAAGUUAACAAACUAUUUGAAUUAUUGUUCGUUUGUUUUUUGUUUUGUGUGUGUGUGUGUGUGUGUGUGUGUGUGUGUGUUUUAUACCAUUUCUAUGAUUUCCUCGUGCUAGACAUUUUUUGUUUUUGUUUUUUAUUUAUUUGCGUCUGUUUUUUAAAUUCAUAUCGUUCUUACAAUUUCCUCAGUCAAGAUCUUUUUUUGUCUCUGAAUGCCGUGACGUUAUUCCUCAUUUUGAUAUUUCGGUUGGUUUCUUGUUGUUCGAUUGGUGUGGCUUUUGUAAAAUUUUCAAGUUUCUUCUCUAGAAGUUUAGUUUUUCCUAUUUUUAUACACACAAUUUUUUUUUUGCUUAAAUGUUUCCAUCUCAGUGCUGGCAGGAAUCAGCGAAAUGCUAUCUACUGACCAAUGUGUCUCCGCAACAAAAUCAACUUUUGACGUGUCAUAUUUAUCGGCUAAAAAUGAAUUCACUACAAAACAUACAACACGAUUGAAAAUCUUCAAACCCAAAUUCUGCAGAAUCAGUUUAGUAAUGCCUGCACGAAAAAGGAAACUAGACGUAGGUUUUCUUUUAACGUAGUUCUGCAUCAGGAAAACGUUUUCAAUUUGAGAACAUUUCGAAUUCUAAAUUACUAUUUUUAUGAUCGCAUCAUAAACAGAUGCUUGUAAAUACAACAAACGCGACCCAGUGUAAAUUUAAAUGUGAACUGUAAAACUACGCCUCUGUGAAAGUAAAAUGCCUUCCAAGGUGGCAGAUGCUAAUAGUUUUGAUAUAAGGUUAGAUUUAAAUGCUAUAUUUUUAAGAUCAUUAAUCUAGAGUGUUAACAUCUUGGCAAGAGAUUAUAAAUUGUUUUUGAUUUCUUGCUUCCAAGGAAGCAUUUGUUUUGUAUUCAACUCAAUGACGCUUUAAAUCGUGACGUCAUAGUACGACUAUCCGUACAGAUUUUCCGAUUUGGAGACUGUAACCUUUAGGUCGGUACGUUAUCAAAUUGUCCUAGAUUUUUUUUUCUUUCGAGGAGAAAUUAGGAAUGGAUCUCUUCCGUGGAGGAACGAAUGACCUGAUUAGUUAUAGAAUUGGCAACGGAAAGUGUUGAGUGGAAAUAGGGUUUAUGGCAUGAUUUGGAAGUUAUGGUCAGAUCAAGGCAUGAAUCAAUAUCCAGAGCGUGAGAGAUCUGGCAACGAGAUCAAGUGGGGUGAGUGUUCAGUGUUAAAAAAAACGUGGAGGAAAUUUGAAUUGGCGUUCAAGCGGACGAGAAAACGUGUCUUUCCGAAUUUCUCUGGUAUUGCUGUUGUAUUUGUGCUGCAUUUUAAGUUUCUUUCCUUUUGACAUCAUUGAAGUGACACGAGUUAGAAGAAACUUGAGUAAUCAUCUAAAACGUGAAUGUGAGUUACGAAUUUAUUAUCUAAAGUGAUGACAAUUUUACUAUUGCAUUGUAAUUGGUUUGUCAUCCGUUGUUCCAUAUUUGUAAGAUUUAGUUGAAUUUGUACCGCACUCUUCAGAAGAAAAUAAGGUAAUUGUUCGUGCGUACAGAUAACGUCAGAGCUGGAAGCCUGUCGUGUGCGGAGAGUAUAACAACUACUCGGACUGUAGUCGGAUGGGGUUCGUGAAAUAUCGGAAUCACGAGAACUAAGGCUCGGCGUCCUAUGUGGCAGUAUUUGUACGCACGAGAAAUGAUCAAACCGAAAGGCACCGUUUAAGGAGAAAAUAUUGGUUUUAAGGGGUAAAAUUUAUGCCAAACUUAAGUAUUUGAGUUGUUUCAAAUAUCACACGCUUGACCCUGUGAAGAAAAUGGCUAGAAGUUUUUAAAUCUUGGUAUUUAUGAGUAGUAUUUAUUAGAGGUAGUUCAUUGUCUAGGAGAAAUCACUGCUUUAGGGUUUGCUUUUGGUUCAUCAUUUAUUUCACUCUUUAUAAAUGCCCAUUAUCAUAGCAAACGUUUUUUUGCUUUAACCAAUCAAAAAGUGGAGUUGUCGACCCAGGCCAAUGAAGCUUUAGAAGCGUAGCGUGAAGUGAAGAUGACAAUUCCCGCGCUUUUUGUUGGUAGUAUUACCACAUCGCCGCGCUUUCCCACCGGUUGGCUCUGUGUUUUGAUUGGUCUGUUGCAUUUGGGUAGAUGAUAUCUCUUACGUCAUUGGCAGCUCUCCAAACCAAGCAAUAGGGUUAAAUUUAGUGAAUGGUUGUUACGCAGUGAUUAAAGAUCGCAACAUUUAAUGUGAUA